AUGAACCCAAAAAAUUUAAGUAGCGGUGCAAUGUACUGCCCCUGUUAUAGGUGUAAGAAUAUGAAGCUGAAAAAUAAAGAUGAAAUACGAAGUCACUUAGCAAACUCUGGUUUUUACGAGGAAUAUAAAUAUUGGUCCUAUCACGGGGAAGGCCGUACCGAAGAUGAAGUCCCGGAUGUGCAUGUCGAUACCAGUCAUGGUGUCAGGAUAGAUGAUACAGACGUAAAUUUACAGACUGAUAUCGGACCUGACCAUACCGAAUAUGAUAUUAACAAUGACAAUGAAGAUGAUAUCAUAGUUGAUGUCCAAGACGCUCAUGCUCCUGAGGACUUGGAUCGUAUAAUGAAACUACUAGAGGAUAGUGAAAAGGAUUUGUAUGAGGGUUGCACCGAGUACUCCAGAUUUUCAUUUAUGUUGGAGCUCUUACAUUUUAAGAGCCUCAGUGGAAUGACAAAUACUCAUUUCGAAAUGCUUCUUGAUUUACUACGGAAGGUAGUUCCAGGAGGAGAGCGUAGCAUUCCUAAAACAACUUAUGCGGCAAAGCAAAUAGUUUCCGAUUUGGGGCUUGAUUACAAUAAGAUUGAUGCGUGUCCCAAUGAUUAUAUUCUCUACUACAAGGAUAAUAAUGACCUUCAGGAAUGUCCAACAUGUGGAGUUUCUCGAUGGAAACAACAAACCCGCUCUUCAACAAGGCAGCCAACAGAGUCAAUGUACCAGCAAAGCAUGAUUCCAGCUAAGGUGCUUCGUCAUUUCGCGUUAGUUUCCAGAUUGCAACGUCUGUAUAUGAACAAAGACACCGCUAAGAACAUGAGGUGGCACAAAGAAGACCGUAUAGAAGAUGGUAAGCUGAGACAUCCAGCUGAUGCAGAGGCUUGGAAGCAUAUUGAUAAGACUUUCCCAAUUUCGCUCAUGAAUGUAGAAAUGUCAGACUUGGGCUUUCUAGCAACGGAUUCAAUCCGUUCGGGGUUAUGA